CGCGCCUGGGCGGGGGGCGAACCGGGGUGCGCGGCCGCUGCCGGCGCUUGAACGGUUCUUCUCGCCGCCCCGCUUCGCCCCGCCCGGUCGGCGGCAGCUGGGGCGUCUGCGGCACCUGCCCGGCGGAGCGUUCGCUCCCUGAGGCCGGCGCCCGCCCGCCCGCCUCCGCCGAGAUGGCGGAUCCCGCCGAGUGCAGCAUCAAAGUGAUGUGCCGGUUCCGGCCCCUCAACGAGGCGGAGAUCCUCCGGGGGGACAAAUUCAUCCCCAAAUUCAAGGGCGAGGAGACGGUGGUCAUCGGGCAAGGGAAGCCGUAUGUCUUUGAUAGAGUGUUACCUCCUAAUACAACCCAGGAACAAGUUUAUAAUGCCUGUGCCAAGCAGAUUGUUAAAGAUGUUCUUGAAGGCUACAAUGGCACAAUCUUUGCCUAUGGACAGACAUCAUCAGGAAAAACACAUACUAUGGAGGGGAAGCUGCACGACCCUCAGCUCAUGGGAAUCAUUCCGAGAAUUGCACAUGACAUCUUUGAUCACAUCUAUUCCAUGGAUGAAAACCUGGAGUUUCAUAUAAAGGUUUCCUACUUUGAGAUAUAUUUGGACAAAAUAAGGGACCUACUUGAUGUGUCAAAGACAAACCUCGCUGUACAUGAAGAUAAAAACAGAGUUCCGUAUGUUAAGGGUUGUACAGAAAGAUUUGUAUCUAGUCCUGAAGAAGUUUUGGAUGUCAUUGAUGAAGGGAAAGCGAACCGUCAUGUAGCUGUUACAAAUAUGAAUGAACACAGCUCAAGGAGCCACAGUAUCUUCCUCAUUAAUAUUAAACAAGAGAAUGUGGAAACUGAGAAGAAACUCAGUGGAAAGCUUUACCUGGUAGACUUGGCUGGAAGCGAGAAGGUCAGCAAAACCGGAGCGGAGGGCGCUGUUCUUGAUGAAGCUAAAAAUAUCAAUAAGUCUUUGUCUGCUUUAGGCAAUGUGAUAUCUGCCUUGGCAGAAGGAACUAAAACCCAUGUUCCAUACCGAGACAGCAAAAUGACCCGCAUACUUCAGGAUUCCCUUGGUGGGAACUGCAGAACCACCAUCGUGAUAUGCUGUUCUCCUUCUGUGUUCAACGAAGCAGAAACAAAGUCGACCCUGAUGUUCGGACAGCGAGCUAAGACGAUUAAGAACACGGUCUCUGUGAAUCUGGAGCUGACUGCGGAGGAGUGGAAGAAAAAGUACGAGAAGGAGAAGGACAAAAAUAAGAGUCUAAAGAAUGUUAUCCAGCAUCUAGAGCUGGAACUGAACAGGUGGAGAAAUGGAGAAGCUGUGCCUGAAGAUGAACAGAUCAGCGCAAAGGACCAGAAGAACCUGGAGCCUUGCGAUAACACCCCAAUUAUUGACAACAUCACACCAGUUGUUGCCACCAUCUCGACAGAGGAGAAGCAGAAAUAUGAUGAGGAGAUUGCCAGUCUCUACAGACAGCUGGAUGAUAAGGAUGAUGAAAUCAACCAGCAGAGCCAGUUGGCUGAAAAACUAAAGCAACAAAUGUUGGAUCAAGAAGAGCUUUUGGCCUCCACUAGGAGAGAUUAUGAGAAGAUUCAAGAGGAGCUGACCCGUCUUCAGAUUGAGAACGAAGCAGCGAAAGAUGAAGUGAAAGAGGUCCUUCAAGCCCUGGAAGAAUUAGCUGUCAAUUAUGACCAGAAAUCCCAAGAAGUGGAGGACAAAACAAGGGCCAACGAGCAGCUGGCUGACGAGCUGGCGCAGAAGAGUAGUGCCCUGACAGCGACCCAGAGGGAGCUGGGCCAGUUGCAGGAGCUCAGUAAUCAUCAGAAGAAGAGAGCUACAGAAAUCUUGAACUUGCUGCUUAAGGACCUGGGAGAGAUUGGAGGAAUCAUUGGUACUAACGAUGUUAAAACAUUAGCAGAUGUGAACGGGGUGAUUGAGGAGGAGUUCACCAUGGCACGGCUUUACAUCAGCAAGAUGAAGUCUGAGGUGAAGUCUCUGGUGAACCGCAGCAAGCAGUUGGAGAGCGCCCAGAUAGACUCCAACAGGAAGAUGAACGCCAGCGAGAGGGAGCUUGCAGCUUGCCAGCUCCUCAUUUCACAACACGAAGCAAAGAUCAAGUCCCUUACAGACUACAUGCAAAAUAUGGAGCAGAAGAGAAGGCAGCUGGAAGAGUCACAGGACUCUCUCAAUGAAGAACUUGCGAAGUUACGGGCUCAAGAAAAAAUGCAUGAAGUGAGUUUCAAGGAUAAGGAGAAGGAGCAUCUGACCCGGCUUCAGGACGCCGAGGAGAUGAAGAAGGCACUGGAGCAGCAGAUGGAGAGUCACAGGGAAGCCCACCAGAAGCAGCUGUCCAGGCUGAGGGAUGAAAUUGAAGAGAAGCAGAAAAUAAUUGAUGAAAUCAGAGAUAUGAAUCAGAAGCUGCAACUGGAACAAGAGAAACUGAGUGCUGAUUAUGAUAAAUUAAAAAUUGAGGACCAGGAAAGAGAAAUGAAACUGGAAAAGCUCAUACUGCUUAAUGAUAAAAGGGAACAAGCAAGAGAAGAUCUUAAGGGGCUGGAGGAAACAGUGGCAAGAGAACUUCAGACUCUUCACAACCUACGCAAACUGUUUGUCCAAGAUCUCACCACCCGCGUUAAAAAAAGCGUUGAACUUGACAGUGACGACGGAGGUGGAAGUGCUGCACAGAAGCAGAAAAUUUCCUUUCUUGAGAACAACCUGGAACAGCUUACAAAGGUUCACAAACAGUUGGUACGUGAUAAUGCAGAUCUUCGUUGUGAGCUUCCUAAGCUGGAAAAACGACUUAGAGCUACGGCAGAGAGAGUUAAGGCCCUGGAGAGCGCACUGAAGGAGGCCAAGGAGAACGCCAUGCGAGAUCGCAAACGGUACCAGCAGGAGGUAGAUCGCAUUAAGGAGGCUGUGAGAGCCAAAAACAUGGCACGGAGAGCACACUCUGCUCAAAUUGCCAAGCCCAUCCGCCCUGGUCAUUACCCAGCGUCUUCUCCGACAGCUGUCCAUGCUAUCCGAGGGGGAGGGAUGUCAAACUCCAGCUACUAUCACAACACCAAAUAGACGAGAAGUAAGACCAAAGUCAAUUCCACUUAGCAUGUUAAGGACUGUCAUUAAGUCACUAGUUUCUUUUUUUCCCCUCUUCAACCCGAUCCACGUCCUGUUCAUCCUGCGCUUCCUACAGCCAUCUGCAAUGCACUGGUCCCAGGUAUUUUGAGCUUCGUAGGAUCUCCACGUGUACAGAAGUGUUCAGCUCAACUCUUCUACAGAUACUUGUACAAUGUAUUUAACAUAACCAUCUAAGUAACGAUAGGAAGUCUGCCACUCAGAAUCUCUCACGGACUGCGUUUGACCCCUUGGCGCUGGUUAGGUUGGGGCUUCUACUCUCAGAUUGAUGCUUUUUCGAAGUCCUCUGUUGCAUCAGUAAAUCCCGACUUCUGGCAUCAAAGAAUUAAUUAUUCAAUGACCAAGUGCCAUCAAAGGCAGGUGAUUGUGCUCUGUCAUGACUGAUUUACUGUAUAAUAUACAUAUUAUUUUAUAUUUUUAGGGGAUGAAAAUGUGCUGCUAUAUGGUUUAAUUUUACUGCUUACAUUUUCAGAAGUAAAUUUCCCCAAAGAACCAUUUGUAAUAUCCUGAUAAAAAUCUUUGGACUGUAUAAAAUAAGCUUUAUUGCAGUACCUGGUAAAGAUCAAACGGGAUGCAGAGAAAUCUGUUAGUAUAGAUCUAGGUUUUGAAGUUUGGUAGUUACAUGAAUAUAUCUGUGUGACCUAUCUUAAAUUUAAGAUCUGAUCUGCUUGUAGUUCUCCCUACAGUGGUGGGUUUUCCUGGAGUGUGAUGGCUAGCCACGUGUUUGUAAGCAUUGUUCUUUAUGAAAUUUUGAAGGCUUUCAGAAUGCUGUGGAAAUCUUGUCUUGGAAAAGCUGACAAGCAUCCCCCCCUUUCCCCUUCCCGCAUGCCUUCGGCAAGCCCCGAUCUGUUCACACCGGAAUUCAGGUACAGGAGUGAACAGUCCCCUACCAGAACAGACGCUACCUUAAAGAAACAAACAAACAAAAAAUCCCCCAAACCCCAGCCCCUACCUUAAAAAAAAAUUAUACAGAGAGAGUCCAAAAGGAGGUGAGAGUUGUAUACUCGAGCUGUCCUUUGCAGACCAAAUUUGGGAAUACGUUUGCUAGGAGGUGAAGAGCAUAUAUAUAGCAAGGGGAAAAGAACAUCUUUAUAAGUUACAGUACGCAAGUCGUCCUACGGAUGGUACGCUUGUGCGCACGGAGGUAAGGAUGAGACCGCUUGCCUUGGAUCUUUCUUUCGUGCCAGACAGAAAGUUUCCAUCUUCUCAGCAAGGGGGCACUGGAAUCGUUCCGGGAAGGUUCCGCUGGCAGGCAGAAGCUACUGCUGCUCCUCGCUGCCUACCGCUUCUGUGCCACCCGCACACAUCCUCCUCCUCGCUCAGAUGUGCAUAGGAUGCAACCUUACGUCUUCACGAAGCGUGGAUUCUAGGAAGGUUACGGCUGAGCAUAGCCCUCUAGUCUUGUUUUGCAGACGUUUGCUCUUACUUCAUUUGAGACUGAUUUUUUUUUUUUUUUUCCAAAUUUCUGAACGUGUUUGUUGGUAGACGUAGAACUAUUUAGUUAAUGUAGAGCGUUUUGAAAGAUUGUGAAUUGACUUUAGAUAUUUUUUUCUACUGAAAUUAUUUAGGUUGUUGCAAAGUAAGUUGGACUUAAUUUAACUUUUUUUUUUUUUUUUUUAAUGUUGCACUAUUUUGGGGAGCAUUUUGCUAAAAAUAUUUAAUGAAGUUGCAAAUUUGCAUGUAUUUAAUUUAUUUUGUAUUUUCCAAAGUUUUAUAUUUUCUUUCUUUAUGUGCAUGUGCACUGCCAGAAAAAUGAACUGUGAACUUGCCAUAUGCAAUCUUUAAUAAAAUUACUAAUUCAGAACUACUCUGUGCUAUCUUAUCAGCUGUUCAGAGCUGAAAUUUCUACUAUGAACUAAUGAUCCUCUUGUUUUGGUUCUAAAACAGUUGUCUUGGAAAAGAUACCAAACUUAAUUGCUGUCAAAGAUUUUGUAUUGUAGUAAAACUUUUGUUCUGUCUCUCAAAUUCAAAGUUCUGUAUGGAAGUAUAUUGUAGACGCAGCAUUAGCUUCAAAAAAAAAAUGUAUUAAGUUCCUCACAGCAUCACCAUUCGUUAUGUAUGGCAGUUUAGACAGCUUUCUUCAGCUUGAGUAAUAAGUUAGCUUUGACAUCUCUUAAUUGUGCUAGUGCUGAUCAGCCAGUCAGUUCACCUAGCUGAAAUAAUGUAAGUUUCUCCAAGUUAACUUUUACAUCAAGACUGUAGGAGGACUUUCUAUAACUGAAACGCUGAAAAGAUGCCUUAGGCUAAAAUUCUCAAAAAGAAAUACAGAAGAUAUUCACUCGAUUGGAAAUUACUAAUUGUCAACUGAACUUGCUCUGCUUAUAUAUAGAUUCUUGUUUUGUAAGCCUAUUUUAAUUAGGCAACUUAAGUUUGUAUUGCGUAUUGUAUAUUCAACUUUUGUACCAUUUUUAAGUCUUACACAUUUUAUAUAUAGAAAUGAAAACCACACAUCUGCUCAGCAGAGAUCAAAACCUGUCUCCUCAUAUUUCCACUACUUGAUGCUUUACUUUACUUUCUUUGCUCUUUGAAUGUUGUGUUAUAUUUAUUCUAGGCUAAUUUUAAAGUUGUGAUUUGUAUAGCGCAAAUUAAAUUUCUCAUCUAAAAUGUCAUGCAUGGGACAAAUUUUGGCGGAAAUACCGUUCACAAAUGGAAAACGUACUUCAGAUGGAACUAAAGUGCAUAUUGUUCUUUUUGCUAGUAAUUAAAAAGUAUUUCCUGCUCACUUGAGCUUCUCUUAAUGAUCUGUUCAAAUCUCUUGUUUGUCCUUGAGUUCACGUUUCAUCGACUUGUUUUCUCAACAGCAAGGAAAGUUUUAAACCUGGAAAGAUCUUGGCUGAUGCAUUUUUAAGUUUGUAUUUAACUCAACAAGGGUGAGAGUGGAUUAUCCUGAAUAUAUCAAAAAAAACUAAAAAAUAAGUCACAAAAAAACUUUACUACAAUAAUUUCUGCCUACAGAACCUUAUGAGUAACUUUUAAAUUUCAUUUUAUAAAGCCUAAUGGACUAAGAUGCACAUUUGCCUGAAAUUUUGAUAAAUAAGGCUUGGAAGUACACAAAAUAAAGAAUUUUAAGCUGAACAUUGUUUUAUUUGAAUAAACGGGUAUUUAAACCAAAUGGUGAUGAAGGUCCAAAAGGAAGAGGCCUGAUCAGAUUUCCGUUGCUGGAGGAGAAAGACCUUGUGUAAACAUGAAUGAAGUACAUCUCAAUUGGAAAUGGAAGAAAUCCAAAAAUAAAUUGGCAGGAUAAUCUUCAUCUACCCUUGCUUUGAUUUUCAUCUUCACUGUGCCUGUACGAACUGCGAAGUGCACUGGAGAACAUCCGCUGUGCAGGAUGGAACACCGCUCUACCAGUUCCUCUCUCGCUCUCACAAUCUUGUCCACUGAAACACUUUUUGUUGUGGGAGAACCACGGGGGUUGAGGCAUUCUGUAGAAUUAUACAUGUCUAGUUUGUAAAGUGUGUAACGUGUACUGCAGAUGUGUAUUCUCUGGGCUCUAUGUAUCUUUACAGUAGUGUUCAAUUUAGGAAAAAAUAAAUUGUGGACACGUUUUGCUGGUAACAAGGGGAAAUUUUUUGCCAUUGCAUCAAACGAUGCUGAAAUGUAUUAAACUCUUGAUAGCAGACCUGAACCCUCCUUCCCCCAUCCCGUGGAGAUAAAGUCUUUUAUCUUCGUUCUAAAAUUCCAUCAGAGAUGGAUGGAUACACUGGCAGACUGCAUGAUGUAUCAUUCGAAAACCGUUACAGUGGAAAAUAAAACUGAACUAAACUUU